AUGGCACCUCCCUCUUAUGAACUAAUUCCAACUCAAGAGGACGACCAAGCUUCUCCCUCUAUCUCUCCUGAUUCCAUCCCGCUCAGGAAGCGACCCAACCUCAAACGUCCCAUCCUCUUAUUCGCGGCGUUCGCCCUCUUUGCAUUCGUCUUUUUCAAAACAGGCCAGUGGACUGUGACGCAAUCACCAUCAAAUUCUCCGGCAGCACCCUCAGACCCACAAACCCAAGAUUCAGAAUCAUCAGAUACAGGAGAUAAAACACAUCAAACGCAGCAAGAACAAGAAGAUAUGUCACCUGGAAAACAUAGCAUUGGAUAUCUAUUUAAGCUUCGUCAAUUGGGGUAUCUAUGGACGGAAAUUUCCUCCUUCUCUGAUUCCAGUAGAUGA